AUGUUUUUUCUUUCUUUUUUUCUUUCUUUCAUUCUCACAUUGACUUCACAUUUUCUCACAUGUUUUUCCUUUUCUUUCAUCAUUCUUUCUUUCUUAAUUUCUAACACCGCCUUCUUCCCCCCCUCACAGUUUCUGCUUUCUUUCUUAAUUUCUUUCAUACAUUUUGCCUUCUUUCAUUUUUCCUUCCUUACUUCUUUCUUUUUUGCUUCCAUUGCCUUCACAUUUUCUUUCUUUCUUUCUUUCUUUCUUUCUUUCUUUCUUAAUAAACUUUCUCUUUUCUUCAUUUUCUCCAAAUUCGUUUUUCUUUUCUUUCUUUUUCUUUCUUUCUUUCUUUUUUUUCUUUCUUUCUUUUUCUUUCUUUUUUUCUUUUUCUUUCUUUCUUUCUUUCUUUCUUUCUUUCUUUCUUUCUUAAUAAACUUUCUCUUUUCUUCAUUUUCUCCAAAUAGUUUUUCUUUUCUUUCUUUUUCUUUCUUUUUUUCUUUUUCUUUCUUUCUUUCUUUCUUUCUUUCUUUCUUUCUUUCUUUCUUUCUUUCUUUCUUAAUAAACUUUCUCUUUUCUUCCUUUUCUCCGAAUAGUUUCUUUCUUUUCUUUCUUUUUCUUUCAUUCUUUCUUCUUUUCUUUUUCUUUCUUUCUUUCUUUUACUUCUAUUUCUUCUUUUCUUUUUUCUCUUUCAUUCAUUCAUUCAUUCAUUCUUUCUUUCUUUCUUUCUUUCUUUUAUUCAUUCAUUCUACGUUGUAUUGGGAGUAUUCGUUGUUUCCGCCAUUUUCUUUCUUUCUUUCUUUUAGUUUAAACAAAUUCGAUCUAUUUUUCUUCAUUCUUUCUUUGACAUUUAUGUCUAUCUAUCUAUCUAUCUAUGUCUGUCUGUCAGUAUCUAUCUAUCUAUCUAUCUAUCUAUCUAUCUAUCUAUCUAUCUAUCUAUCUAUGUCUGUCUGUCAGUAUCUAUCUAUCUAUCUAUCUAUCUAUCUAUCUAUCUAUCUAUCUAUGUCUGUCUGUCAGUAUCUAUCUAUCUAUCUAUCUAUGUCUGUCUGUCAGUAUCUAUCUAUCUAUCUAUCUAUCUAUCUAUCUAUGUCUGUCUAUAUAGUUAUCUAUCUAUCUAUCUAUCUAUAUUAUGUCUGUCUAUCAUUUAUCUAUCUAUCUAUCUAUCUAUCUAUCUAUCUAUCUAUGUCUGUCUGUCUUUCUAUCUAUCUAUCUAUCUAUUUAUAUAUGUCUGUCUGUCAGUAUCUAUCUAUCUAUCUAUCUAUCUAUCUAUCUAUCUAUCUAUGUCUUAUCCAUCUAUCUAUAUCAGUCUUUUCAUAUCUAUCUAUCUAUCUAUCUGUUUCUUUUGUUAAUUGCCAUCUAUCUGUCUUUUUAUAUCUAUCUAUCUAUCUAUCUAUCUAUCUAUCUAUCUAUCUAUCUCUGUUCAUAUCUAUCUACGUUUUUUCAUAUUUAGCUAGCGAGUGUCUGUUCUUAUCUAUCUAUCUAUCUAUCUAUCUAUCUAUCUAUCUAUCUAUUUGUCUGUGGAUUUUUUUUUUCUAUCUAUUAUUAUUAUUUUCUUUUUUUUGA